UAACCUCAAAGUUUUACCCCAAACAAAACAUUUUGCGCUUUUGGUGUUCGUUCGUUACCAGUAGUUUUUUUUUUGUUUUCGAUGCGGAAAGUGUCUCCCAAAAGUGAAAAUUUAUUGUGAAGAAGAUUGCACGGCUAUAAUCCGCUUAUCAAAUACGACCGGAAGUUAGAAACCAAAAUGUCAGAUUCAGAAACGACUGAUUCUGACUCAGGAAUACGUUUCAAAACCACGUCCACCCGUUACAAAUCGGAGAGCCUCGGCAAGCACUCAUCGUCCUCCAAAUCCAGUCGUUCAACAACCUCCUCCAGCAACAGAAGCAACAAUCGGAGGAGUCGAGAUCGCGACCGCGAUCGUGAUCGUGAUCGCGAUCGAGGGCGAGACCGACGGAGAAGCAGUUUGGACCGAAGCCGCAGUCACCACAGUAGAAGCCGAAGUCGUAGUCGCAGCAGAGAGCGUCGGAAACGUAGGGAAAGAGACCGGCGAAGCCAUCGUAGCAGGUCACGAUCGCGAUCGCGCAGUAGAUCCAGAAAAUCUCCUCGCCCGAGUAGUAGGCGCGUGAGAGAUGAGCCAAGCGCUGAGGAUAAGAAUCACAGCCGGAACGCUGAAAUUGUAGAUUUGAAACCAUCCAGCUCAACUGUGGUGGAACCCUCCAAAAUAGAAUCCAAUAAAAUUUUAGAUAUUUCGGUUUCCUCCCUGUCUUCACAGGAGGAAGCGAUUGAAAAAGAAGACAAUACGGCUGAUUAUUUCGGCCCUGCACUUCCCCCGGCUGUGAUCCAACAAGCUAGUAAGGAUACAGGAUCAGCCGACGAAGCAGAUACGGGUGUAAUUGGUCCCUCACUUCCCCCUCAUUUAGUAAAAAAUAACCACGAAGAGGAUCAAACCAGCCGAGUUAUUGGACCAACAUUACCAACAAAUCUACAAUCACCGCCAGAAGCAAAGGAUGCAAGCUCUGAAUCAGAGCUGUCGCCAUUCUCGGAAGAGGAACCAUCGGCCGCAGAAGAAGACGAUGAUUUCAUAGGUCCUAUGCCCGGUGCUUCUACCAGUUCCCGAACUCAGCUAGAGCUGGAACAACGUGCUCUAGAACUGAAGCUUCGCCACUUGGAUAGCGAUCGGUAUGAUCCGAAAUCAUCCGCCGCUCAAUCGCGAGAGGAUUGGAUGCUCGAACUGCCCGAUAUAAGAAAGGUGCCCGACAUGGGACUGGGGGCCAGGCAGUUUCGAACGCGGGAAAAACUGGAAAUUGGCGAUCGUUCCGUUUGGACGGACACCCCCUCCGAGCGAGAACGGAAAAAGACGAGUGGACACUCGUCGAAAGAUGUGGCCCGUGAACGUGAGCAGGAGGAUGAGCGCAGAAGAGUAGCCGAACGUGACCGACAGCAGGAGGACAUGAUCAAGCGCCACAAGAAGAAGCACAAGCGCGACAAAUCGUUACUCGAGUUGCACCAGAAGAAGGCUAAAAAAGAAAAGAAGAAAAAAGACUCCGAGAGAGAUCCGGACGAACCAACGCGCAGACCAUUUGACCGCAACAUCGAUCUGCAUGCCAACCGGUUUGACGAGGCGCAGAAGAAGGCCAUUUUCAAAAAGGCACAGCUUUUGGAUACACGGUUCUCCAGUGGGGCAUCCAAGUAUUUAUAGGCUUAGUACAAACUGGAUAUAGUUGCUACUAUUAAUCAAAUAGUUCUAUCCUCGGUAUGCGGGCUGGUCAUCUGAAUCUGCCAGUAUUGGGGUAUUUUUUGUUCAUUUUAGUUGUAAAGUUUAAGCUUUUUUAUCUGUAUCUCUGUUUAAUGAACCGAUCGUAGGUUAAGAAGAUAUUGGUAAAAAAAAUCAAUCCCUUCUCACCAAUUAUGACACUUUGAUAAACUACAAUAAAUUAUUGUAAAAACAA